AUGGUAGCGGUUCAGGGCGGGCAGGACGAUUCCCCUGCCUAUACUGGCGUCACAAGACCACUCGUUACCCAGACGGCAGGUGGAGAUAUCGUAGUUGACACCAUCAUGGCAGACGACCAGCAGGCGGUUUUCGUAUCGAGCCACGGGCCAGACACGGUCGGAGCCUCGGUCCAUCACGGUUUAAACUCGUCAACGCCUGGCGGCGGCGACGGAGCGUCGACGCGUCAGACAGCGGUAUCACAACCCCGAUUACCUGAGGGGGUAAAGACGACUUCAUCCACGCCGGCCGUGGAGCACGUACCUCCUAAGGAGCUUUUUGAGGCUCUAAUUGAGUCGAUGAAAGCCUCACCAGGCCCAACCAACGUUGAUGUCUGGCGUCUGUCCAUCCAGGACCUAUUUACAGCGGAAUAUGCUCGGAUACCGGUAAGCGUCGACGCGUUACCGGCCGGACGCACAAGGUUUCCCAAGCUUAAGGGACCUGAGGCGGAUAGCUUGCUAGAUCUUUUUCGACGCUGUUAUGUGUCAGCUUCUGGAAGUUUCGCCGACUGGAAACGACUGGCUCAUCAGAUCAGCAACGAACUCCUCCUGACGAAGUGGGCAUUCAAGGAGAUCAUAAGAAAAUUGGUCAGUCAGCAAAAGUGGGCCACUGCUCCUGUCCCCAAUCAAUGGGCAGAAGUCGUGCAGGCGGGUAAUACGGCUCGCCAAAUGGACGGGGAGAACAAGGGGAGCAUAACCUAUGAAGAUUUUAUGUUUGACCCGGCCAAAUUCUCGUUGGAAGACUCGAUUACACUAAAGGCCAUAUGUGUGGCCCGGCUAGGUAACACGGGCUUCCAACGGCUACGUGAGGGGUCUGAUGACGAAUGGCGCAUUAUUGUGGGUAUUGCCGAAGGGCAUAUAGUCUGUCGCCGGAUGCCAGACUUUCUACGAUCGGUUCUGGACAGCAAGGAACGUCUCCGGCUGUACAGUACCGUUCAGGCGCAGGUGGAGGGUCAGUUAGUUCUCCAUAUCAGCGGUGGGCGUGACAUUCCUCUAAGUCGUCAGACAACGAAGGCCAUCACGGAGAAGAUUCUGGAAUCAGCCGAGCUGUUGAGGAUCAGUUUGCCCGAUCUCCAUCGCCUGCUGGGAUCAACGAAAACGAUCGGUUACAAUCGAUCAACCCGGUCGAUUCACUUUUUCUUUUUUUCGCGGGACAAGGCAAAGAAGCUCCAGGACGUUCAAGUGCCUUUUCAAGGUCGAGUUUAUACGCUGGAGAACGCCCAUCAGCCGGUAAGGGGAUUGGUAUGGCAGAACCAGCGGGGUCCAGAUGGUCGGUCGGGGUACCCAAGAUCGGCUUAUACGAUUAUCCUCUAUAAUCUUACCAGAUUCGACGACAUUGGACGCAUAGCAGCUUACUUGCGCUCGAAGAUUCAAACAGAAUUUGAGCUGGAGGACAUGGACACAUGCACACCAAAUUCAAGAACAUCAACAGCGUGGAAGGUAACCUUUCAUCUAGCGGGCUGCCCGAAAUUCCUUCAGGGUAUAGUACGAUUACUUUGGUUUGGAACACUAAUAAUCAUCAGGCAUCCAGAUGUGGGCCGUCGCCUCCAAUGUCUGCAGUGUGGAACUUUGGGACACCCGGCGGGCAGAUGUCAAUUCACAGAUGCGCAAUUACGCGGGCCGGGUGGCGUAGAAGUUAUCAAAGCAGAUCUUCAAGCUGUUGAAGACCUCGCCAAGCCUUUUAGCAGUCCAGGCGAAAUGAGGCAGAUGGCAAUGAGACGUCUUCAAGUCCAACAAUCGGAGGAUGCGGCAGCGCGGGCUGCAGUGACGCCGGUGGCAUUGACAGUUGCCCCCAGUCCGUCGCCAGUGGCAGAACCCCCCAGAACUGGCAUACCUCUCCAACCGGUAUAUACUCCACCAGGCACGCACGAGGGGCCACCACCACCGGCCCCAAAAUGCCGACCAGCGCAACCAUGGCUGACCCGGCCUGUACGGGGAGGGAGGAGGAUAUGGUCACCCCUGCAGGCCUCGAAAGGCGAUCUCAAGGUUAGCAGCGGUAGUUAUCACGUGCUCCAAGAGGACGAGCUGGAUGAGACCGAAACGUCCUCGAAUUCUGUUAAUAGAGAUACCCAUGAUCUGCCAAGGCAAGCAUCAAGUAAGAUGACGGAUCGGGAUGCGUCUUCCAAGAAGGGACCACCCACGUUGACACCUGAGGAUCUAGCACGACAAACAGCAGCCGCCAGGAGAGGACAGGUGUCUGUUGUUGCGGGCCCAACGCUUUUGGCCAAUAAACGCCGGGAGCGUUCAACAUGUGAGCGGCUAAUUAAACAGUUGUCACCAGGGACAAGUCACGCGAUCCCCAUGGAACCAAUGCCUCAUGCUGAACCCAUGCAUGUGACAGAAUUGGUACAGAUUUUGGGGCUCCGUGAAGUCGCCACACCGGCCACGGGCAAUUGUUUGGCGAUAGCCAUAGCUCAAGCUCUCGCAGAAUCUGCUUUGGACAACCCUACCAAGGACCUUGAGAUUUUAACGGCUAGUAUUAAACGGGGAAUCUCCAACGCCGGACUACUAAAUUUGGAGGAUCAAAUGGCUCAUGACGUACGGGUUCAUGCUUUAAAGAACGUUGGCAGAGGUUGGACGACGAUGACCAGGGGGGAGGCUGCGUCCCAACUACGGUGGUUUUUGCAUGACUAUGCAGCCUCCCCUUCCAACAGAGAAGCCCUGGUUGAGGAGCAUAGCUGGGGUGGAAGUGACACUCUUGGAAUGGCAGCCAAUUUUUUGCAUCGCACUAUCUAUGUGUUGAACUGUGGCCGCGGAACGGGUAACUGGAGUGGUCGCAAGUAUUGUCCUGCUACGAUCAACAGACACGGUCGAGUAGUGGAAACUGCCAAAGAAUUUCCACUCACUCUCUUGGCGUGUAUAGACGAGCUGCAAGCGGCAAAAAUAGAGGCGCCUCGCGCUCCACCACUGGUGCUUAGAUUCUGGGGCCGGCAUUAUUCAGCUUUUCUGCACACUGCCAGGGCGGCAGAUCGGCUCAGCCUAACUGACGUCUCGGACGGAACAGGCUCAGCGCUGCAGCAAGGUCAGGACUCGCAAAUUGUGGAUACUUUAGCUGUGCAGCUAGAAGAGAAGCGCUCCCGUAUUUUAUCCCCUAUCAGGGAUCAUAUGUCGGUUGUGGAUGACAACACUUCGAUAAUCAUCCACUCUUCAAGGAACUGUGGUCUUGCCAAAGCGUCAUCGCAGCAAUUAGCUAUUGUUCCAUCGCAGAUCAGGGGGGCCAAUCAGGGCAGUUCGCUAUCGGCUCGAAAACGUGGGCACGUCAGCACGUCGGAGUCCAUCGAGGUCAGCGAAGGGGAGAACUGGAGUGGACUUGAGAUCUCCAAACAGAAAAAAGGCAGGAUCAGCGUUGCUUCUCCUCAACCCUAUAUCACUCGGAUGGAGGAACGAAUGGAUACCGACGACUGGCCGGAUCUCUGGCAGGCUCUGGGCGUUGAAUGGCCAGUAACGGCUUCUACGCCAUAUCCACUAGUGUAUGGUAACCCUGAGGCGUGGCUGAAAACUGCCCAGGUCGAGCCAGAGCUGCUGAUCCAUCACGUGCGACGCUUUGUUUUCCCGGGUGAACUGCUGGCUAGCCUAGGGGAUCACGUUCUCGGGAUGUGGACGGCUCAGUGGCGACAGGCGUGCUUGCUGUCUGGUCUACUUGAGUACAGGCGUCGAGUGCAAGAUUCUAUACAAUCACUGUGGCUAGAUCAAUGGAUCGUGCGAACACAGCAGCGAUUGCCUUCCUCCCGGCUGGCCUCAUUAAUCGACAAUACCGACGAUUGGGUCAAGCUGAGGGAGGUAGACUACGCUACCGAUGAUAUUUUGCGUCUUUGUGACCCUCACCGACGUAUACGCCUGAGUUAUCACCUACUAUGUGCGCUAUUGUUCGACGCUGAGAUUUUUGCGCUGACCGGGGAUGGGGAAAAACCACUUGAGCCUCCCGAGCAACUUCGAGGGCACCUACGCUUACUUCGGAACAACAGUCACUACAAGGAGGUGUAUUACGCUGACGGGGGAUCCAAGGUGGAUUGGCGCAAGCUGGUUUGCUUCUUUAAUACUGCGUUGGCUCCUGCAGAGCAGCAGUUUCUACUUGAGUACUAA